UCGCAACCACCUGCUCAAAACAAUGAGGUAUCUCCAGAUCGGUCCGAAUUCACUACGCCACCAAAAAAGAGGAAAAGCAAGGAUACUUCCACGACUAAGAGGAGCGUUGACAGGUCUAAGGCUGGUCUUAAGCCGCCCACUAUGUCAACUCGUACCAGCACGUCUGUUCACUUUCAGCAGCCGAAGCAGCGCUCUCGGAACAUGUCUCAGGUCCAGGUGGACACAACUCAGAUGGAGGGUGAUACUACUACAGCUGUGUCCCAGGACGAGAGCCUCUCAUCUCUGACAGUGGCAUCUCCGGGAGGUGUACACCCAUUCUUUCUCCCUUCUCCAUCUGGCAAAUCCGGUACUAGCGGAUCUGCUAAGUUGCCUUCUUCGGCCGGCCGCGGAGCGCCUCGCUUCGCGGCAGGGCCAUGA